AAAUAAUGACAGUGACAAGUAGAUAUAAUGGUUUUUUCCCAUAAUUCCCCUAAAUCUAAUCUCACUGAUUAAUUUUUAUUUACGUUACUACGUUUAGUAAUCUAGGUAAAACAAAGAAAAUUGAUUGUUAAAAUUAUGGAGUGGCUUGGCUCCACACUGUUGAAGGCGUUUUGGAGACCCGGUCUCACUUCAGUAAGAACAAGGUAUCACGCUGAUAAAACUCGAUUGGUUCGGAGAUACGGUUAUGAAGAAAAACUCUGGUGUGGUGGGGUAUUACCACGAACCAAAGGCAAAGAACUGCCCAUCCCAGAAUACAGACCCGCAAAUCCAUGGACAGAAAGGAGGGCACUAUUUGGUCAGAAUGACUAUAUUGAUAUUCUAGGGCCAGGUAACUUGCAUCCUGUAAAAACACUAUACACGGUUCCUUCAUGGAUCAGAGGAGUGCAUGGAAGUGAAUACCAUAUUUUGCUCAGAAAAAGGAAGAUGUGGGCCAAAACUGGAUCUCCCCAAACAAGACCCACCAAGUGGAAGGAUAUGGAGAAGAGAAUAGGAUAUCUCUAUAGAUUUCUAAAUAGGAAAACUAAAACUGGACGUUCUGAUCAGUAAAAAAUAUGAUAAUUAUAGAUGUAGAUAAAAUAAUGUUACAA